AGCAGAGAACUGAGAAGAAGGGUACACACUACACAGCACAGAACAGUAACACAAAAAGUGGUGUAGCCUAGCGACUAGCGAGCUAGGCAACCCAGAACUGUAUAAAAACCAAGAAAAUCAAAGAAAAGAAAGCCUAGCCCAGCGACCUUGCCUAGGGAGUUGUGAUAUAGACUCAGGAAAGACCCAAAAAAAGAGUGAAAGAUUACAAUUUGCAGGGUGAAAUUGUGAAAAAGGUGCAAGGGGGGUGAGGUAUGGUGUAGAGACUAGAGAAUGGAGCUUCUGCAAUGGUGGUAUGGCUAAGUUACUGGGAAAGAAAGAUGCCCGGAGUGUAAAGUUCAUAGCUUUGAAGCCUUUGAGUCUUCUCUGCCAUUGAAGAAGCUCUAUUUUGUGGUUUUGUUUCUCCUGGAUCUCUAUUGAACUUGAGAUUUGGUAUUGGGUUCUGGGGAUUUUUUUGUGUUUUUUCUCAGGUUUCUUGCAUUUGCAGAUGAUAGGAAUGCAGUAUAAUAGCAAUAGCUUGCAGGGGAAAAGUGUCGUUGAAGUUUCACGGUUUGGGUCUGCAAUUUCUUCCUCCUUGGUGCCCCCAGAUGCGGCCAAGUUCAAGAAAAAUGGCGGCUUUGCGAGCAGUGAACCGGUUUCCGUUCUGGAUACAAGGAGUCCUAGCCCCUCCACUUCCACCUCCGCUUCCUCCUCCUCCCACGGCGGCGGCGGUGGGUAUAAAACGGCAAGCCUAGUGGCUCCGCCCAUCGCCACUACCACUCAAACUAUGGAGGCUAAAGAAAAGUGCGUGGGAGAGCUUCACCCUGCGCCGGAGUGGAGCGAGGGGCCGGAAAAAUUUGAUCUUGGAAUGGAAGAUUGGGAGUGUUUGUUGGCUGAAUCCGGCGGGUCGGACCAGUAUCUUCUCCGGUGGAUUUCCGGCGACGUGGAGGACCCAUCUUUAAGCUUGAAGCAGCUCCUUCAAGGAGGAAACAACCCAAGUGAGAUCGGGUUUGGGGCUUCUGAUCAAACCACUAGUUCUGAUAACUACAAUGGUAACUCUCAAGGCCCAAAUGUUAAUUUCCCACAUAGUAAUUUGGCAAUUUUAGGUUCUGGUCUGAGUGUUCAAGAACUGCAAUAUGAACAAAAGCCUCAAACUUUCAAUUCCCCAGUAUUGACUGAGCUUCAGAAUGUUGUGAUGAGCCCUAAUGUGUUUAGCUCUCCACUCUAUGGCAUUCAUCAAGAACAGCAGCCCCCAUCGAAGCGCCAGAAUUCGGGUUCUCGGGUUUCAGAAGGUGUGUUUCUGAAUCCAAGUAAUGGGUUUUUGGAUCGACCACCGGAUAUACUGUCUGUUCAGCCCAAGAAAGAGGCGGGUUUUGGCACCGAAAACCUGCAAGAACAGCAGGCUGUGUAUGACUAUGUUUAUAAGGCGGCGGAGUUGAUUCUGAACUUGCAAUUCUCGAACGCUGAAAUGAUAUUGGCGCGGCUCAAUCACCGGCUCUCUCCCAUGGCUAAGCCCUUGGAGAGGGCUGCUUUUUACUUCAAAGAGGCUCUCCAUUUGCCUCUUACUUCUGUGCCCUCUUUGCCACCGAGAAUUCCUAGUCCCGUUGAUGGGGUGUUCAAGAUGGGCGCUUAUAAGGUCUUCUCCGAGGUCUCACCGCUUAUCCAAUUCAUGAAUUUCACCUCCAAUCAGGCAAUUCUCGAGGCGGUUGAUGGGGCAGAGUGUAUCCACAUCUUCGACUUCGAUAUUGCCUUUGGUGCCCAAUGGUCGUCUUUUAUGCAAGAGCUUCCUAGGAGGAAUAGAAGAGCCCCGCCUUGGUUGAAAAUAACUGCCUUCGCUUCUCCUUCGACCCACCAUCCCAUCGAGAUCAACCUUAUGCACGAGAAUUUGACCCAAUUUGCUAAUGAAGUUGGUGUUAAGUUCGAACUUGAAGUGGUGAACUUCGAUUCUUUCGAUCCGAGUUCUUAUCCGGUGUCUUCUUUCCGAUCCUCCGAGAGUGAGGCGAUUGCUGUGAAUUUCCCGGUAUGGUCCGUUUCAAGCCACCGAGCCACACUCCCUUUGCUGCUGCAUUAUAUAAAGCAGCUUUCGCCCAAAGUUGUGGUUUCUCUGGCCCGUGGAUAUGAACGAACCGAGCUCCCGUUCCCACACCACCUCCUCAACGCCCUUCAAUACUUCGAGGCUCUUUUCGAGAGCAUCGAUGCGGGUAACGUGACACCAGACGCAUCAAACAAGAUCGAACGGUUCCUCUUCCAGCCUAGCAUCGAGAGCAUCGUGUUUGGGCACCUCCGUUUCCCCGACCAAAUGCCUCCCUGGAGAAACCUCUUCGCAUCCGCCGGGUUCCAACCACACCCGUUUAGCAACUUCGCUGAAACCCAAGCUGAAUGUGUCGUGAAAAGAACCGAAACCCGGGGAUUCCACGUGCAGAAGCACCACGCAUCGCUCGCCCUUUGCUGGCAAAACCGGGAGCUACUCUCAGCUACGGCUUGGAGGUGCUGAAGAACUUAACGGAUAUUCGAUAUCUUAUAUGGAGUGAGUUUUCUUCCUUCUUGCAAGCCUAUUUUGGUAUUGUCUAUUCUAUUAUGUAGUGUUAACUGCAGACAAAAAAUUGUCGAUUAACUGAUUAUUUACGUGUAGGGUUAUCUGUUUGGACAUCUUUCAUGCACUGCCUAUGAGUUAACUGUGAUGUCUGUUAACUAUAUUUCUGGAAGUUAAAAGCAGUUGGGAAGUAGAAAGAUUUGGUUUCAAUGUAUUGCUGUUUCUAUCUGGUCUUCCUAGGAUGUUUGAUAACUGUUGUUGGUUGGUUUAGAGUGGUAGACUUCUAGUUUGUUGUGAUUAUUGUGUGUUUAAUAGUACUAUGUUACAUUUGGGGUCUAAUUGAGACUUUGUGCGAUUCACAUUCC